AUGCGAAGGCAGCUUCUUCUGUUUCACCACCUGCCGCCGCCCUGCGGCUACUGGCAGGCGGCGUCGGCUGUCCUCCGCCGCUACUUGGCUGCAUACUACCCGGGUGCUUUGGAGGGCAGUCGGCGAGUGGAAAGUCCGAGCGCUCGCUCUGAAAAUGGAGGCGUAGCCGUUUCGGGAGCACGCGACGCGCGACCGCCUCUCCACGCAGGCGCAAGCGCCCGGCCGACAGACCGCGGCUUGAGCCCGCGCGAGCUCGCACAGCUCCUUAGCGACCUGCAAGUCGAAAUGCGCCUCUGGCGAACGCGGGAGCCGCGAAGCAAGACGUUUCCCGGAGGGCACGACGAGCGCAAAGACAAGACGCACGAGGCGGACUUGCCGCCGGCCUUGACGCUCUUUAGGCCGAACUUUUACAGCAAAGUCGAGAGCCUCUUCAAUCGCCUGCCUCCGGCGGUCCUUGACGCCUUCCUCUCGCGCACGCUCCCCCGAAUGAUGCUGCUUUGCCUCGAGACUCCACACAUCUUCCCCUCGUCUUCCUCGGCGAUGUCCGCGGCGGCGGCGUCUGGCGCGCCUGGUCCGACGGCUGAAUCCGCUGGUGCGGCGAGUGCGCAGACGCUCCCGCGAGAUCUGCCGCUGCUCACUCUGGCGACGAGCGAGGAGGCAACGAGCUCUGCGUUCCCUUUCUACCAAGAAGCCGAUGCGGGGGAAGAAGCCCCGCGCGGAGGAUGCGAAGGCCAGCGCGCAGAGGACUCGACGCCGCCGUCCACGGUGGAACUGACGGCAGGCGAGGGCUUGGCGCUGCUGUCUCUCGCGUUCUUCUCGCUCCUGCCUCCACCAUCGCUCCAGCCCGUGCCGCAGCUUCCGAAUCCCAACUUCAUGACUCUCUUCGCACACGCAGGUCAGUCUGCCGUCUCGAAACUCAGACGCUCCCGGGAUGUCCUCGCUGCGCUCGCGCCGGGCUGCAACGACCAACUGAACAAACUCCACUGCUAUGUGAGGUACUUCAUCUCGAUGACGACGGCUCUCGCGCGCUACCACGAAGUCUGUCUCGCGAACAACCUUCCUCCGUACCUGCUGGCGCCGCCGCAUCUUUUGCGCUCCAGCGGCUUCGCGGAGACGCUCUCGCACCUCAUGAGCGAGGAAUGCGCGCGGCUGUCCGCGGACGCCUGCGCAGAUAGCGGGCCUGGGCGCGGCGAAACUCUGGGGGCGGAGACGUUUCUCGGCGAGGCCUGCGUCGAGGCCGGCCUCGGCGCGAAGCGAGGCUCUCGGCGAGCUCCCUUGGAUCCGGUCUGUGGGUCUCUCGCCUUCCUCCCUGCCCCUCUCCGCGUCCCUCCGAGCCGCGCCGGCGAGCCCCAUGCGCCGUUUGUCCUCCGCCUGCCUUGCUGCGCGGUGCUGAGGACGCUUCGCCUGUCGCGCACGUGUGCGGCGCUUCCUCCUCUGCCUCCUCGCGCCACGACCCGCCAGCCCGCGCCCCGCGCGCGCCCCGCGCAGCGCCGCGCCGACAGCGAGGCCGCCUCGCGGCUGAACACCCCCGGCGAGGCGAAAAAGCGGCGCGUGAACGAGGCUGCCUGCGCGACGGCGGGCGACGCGGCUGCGCGCGAGGGAGAGAGCGACGGCGUCUCGGCGGAAGCCGCUUUGGACGCCCACGACGGAGGCACUUGCGAAACCGGAGAUGCGUCCGGUGAGGCGAAGGCCACAGCACGAGAGGGAGAGGCCUUCUCUUCUCGGUGCCUCGCCGCACCGCGCUGCGUGGCUGUGACGGUUGACAGCUUGGCGGAGCGGGACGACGUGCCGCUCUUGCCGCUUCUCGAGCUCCGCGAGAAGCCCGAAGCAGGCAGAGGGAUUGAUGACUCUGUCGACCUCGAGGUCAUGGCGGACUUUGCGAAUCAGUGGAUAGGCGGCGGCGCUCUCUACAGAGGCUGUGUGCAGGAGGAGAUUUUCUUUGCGACGCACCCGGAGCUGCUUCUUCUCUGUCUCUUCCAGCAGCGGUUGUCUGUCAACGAAAGCUGCGCAAUGGCUGGCGCGAUGAAGUUCUCUCGCUACGCGGGAUACGCAGAGACCUUCACGUGCCUGCUCAACGCGCCUCCGCAGCCGCGGGCCGCCUGCGCCGGAGCCGAGCCGCAACACACCGAAAAGGCCUCGCCGUCGUCAGCGUCGUCGCGCGCCCGCACGCCAGUCGCCCAGCCUUCGUGGCCCUGGCGGAGUGGCGCGGCGCCUUCGGAGUCUCCGUUGUCUUCUUCCGCCGGCGGGUCGUCCUCGGGCGCCGGAGCCGUCGGAAGCGGCGGCGAGAGGGAGGCGCACGAGGCGCGCGAGCGCGAUGUGCUUCUUCUCGACAGCGGAGACGCAGAGGUCCAAGGCGUGGAAGACGUCGACGCCCGGCCUCUGCUGGUUCGCCUGGGCUCAGCGGUCUCUGCGAGAGAAGUCGGUGGCGCAGAGAAGACGCGAGACGCCGACGCGGGCAAGGGGGACCCCAGCGAGCGCUCCGGAGUCAAAUUUGAGGGCGAAUACGCGAAAGCCCGGAAGCAGGGAGACGGGGUGGAAAGGGGGAGAGGCCGAGCUCUCGACGCAGCUCUGCGCCGGGUCGUCGGCGUUGAAGUCUGCACUCUCCUAACGGCGCUGGAUGCGCAACGGUACGCAGGGGUGGGAAGCGCCGGGGGCGGAGAGGCGCUGAUGCCCUCGAGGCAGUUCGAGGUUCCGCAGAUGCUGCGAGAGGUCAACAAAGUGAUCGCCGCGCUUUCCCUGUCGUGGGAAGAAGACGCCAAGUACGCGGUCUACCUAAACCAGAGGAAGGCCCGCACGCUUCUGGACUCGCAUCCGCACGCGACGAACGGCGAGGGAACGGAUGAUGGUAGCGCGACGGAGAAGAAAGAAAACGCCGCCGCCACGGAUCUGAAAGCAGCGGAGGAAGGCCUGGACUCUGCUGCGAGUCGCGCCUGCUCCACUUCUCAGUCCCCACAAACGCACACGCGCAGGCCGUUCGCCACAGGCAACUGGGGCUGCGGAGUGUUCAAGGGCGAUCCGCAGCUCAAGUUUCUUCUGCAGUGGCUGGCGGCGAGUCAGGCGGAAAGGCGCCUAGUCUACCAUGCCCAUGGGCGCCCCGAGCUCGUCGACGCGCCGUCUCGCUCUCGCCCGUCCGGGUCCGCUCCUGCGGCCGCAGCGCCGAGGGCGGAUGCCGGGGAUGAAGGUCGGCAGAGUUUCCUUCUGGAGCCCCUCGUCGAGCUGCUGCUGCGCCGGCGCUGGACGGUUGGGCAGCUCUGGAGAGCACUCGUCAAGGGGUCGCUCGCGGACAACGCGCUGAGCAAGGGCGCCUUCAACUACGUCGUUCAGUUGGCAUUAUCCGAGGGAGAUCCUGCUGGAGAAUUCGGCAGAGCGUCCCUCGGGCGGGGCUUGAAAAAAUAA